ACUGCUACCUCGGACGUUGGCGAAGUUUAAACUGUCAACAAACUGGAACAAGUUCCUCCAUGUUCACACGCAUCUCAUCCAGCUCCUGUAAACUCGUUUUUCUACAGCAAGUGUGAGUCUACUCAGAGUGUCAGGGUGAACAGAGAUGUGUUGAAGGUCGGAGGUGUGAAAUAAAGCAGAGGACAGACAUGGAAACCUGCGUUAUGUCAGCGCUGGACAGACCCGCGGCGGAGCUGACGGUUAUGGAUGUGUACGACAUAGCGGCGGUGCUCGGACAGGAGUUUGAGCGGAUUAUUGACAGGUUUGGGGGCGAGUCUCUGGUCGGGGUGGUGCACAAAGUGGUGCGGGUCCUGGAGCUGCUGGAGACGCUGGUGAGCCGCGGAGCCGCCGGACAGGAGGCCGAGGAGCUGAGGAGGGAGCUGGAGAGGUUGCGACAGGAGCGGAGCGACAGAUACGAGCAGGAGAGGAAGCACCAGAAGGAGUUGGAGCUGGUGGAGGAUGUAUGGAGGGGAGAAGUCCAGGACCUGCUGUCUCAAAUCACUCAGCUUCAGGCAGAGAACAAGAGGCUGUUCGUGAGCCUCUCUCUCAAAGAGUCUCCCGUCACAGAGGAAGACCUGCAGAGACAGGAGGGAAUGUCAGAAAAAGAAAGGCAGGUGAUGAAGAAGCUGGAAGACUUAGCAGAUAAGCAGAGGGAUGAAAUCCGGGCUAAAGACCACGAGCUAACACUAAGAAAUGAGGACGUUGAGGCGCUCCAGAUGCAGCAGAAUCGCCUGAUAAGAAUCAACCAGGACCUUCGUCACAGGAUAGGGGUGAUGGAGGCCCAGGGCAAGGCACUGAUCCAGCAGAGGGCUGAGCUGGAAGCUGCAGCACAGGCACGGCAGCAGGAGGUAGGGGCUCUGCAGCUGGAGGUCACAAGGCUGAGAAAGGAGCUCCGGGAGUGGGAACUGGAGAAGGAGAUCACUGAAAUAGAAGAGUUCUCUCAUACAAGAUCUGGGAUGUCGUCACCGGCAUCACCAAAGAUGAUGUCCUCACAAGUAGUACCACCUAAAUCCAUCAAACCAAAUUCAGUGUGGGCGGAGUGUGGAGGGGACGCUGGCUUCCUUGCAAACUGCUUUGAGUGCGACAAGAGUCCUUCCCUUCUCCCAAGGUCAUCUAACAGAGAAAAUAAUGUGGAAGAGGGGGACAAAGAUGAGGACACUUCAGCCUUGUUAUUGAAGGUGCCAGCUGAUACAGAGCUAGAGGAGGAGACAGACAGCCUGGAGCUGGAUUCAGACAAACCUCGCUUCACUCUGCAGGAGCUGCGUGACGUCCUGCAGGAGAGGAAUGAACUCAAGGCCCAAGUGUUCGUGCUGCAGGAAGAGCUGGCAUAUUACAAAAGUGAUGAGUCUGAGGAAGACAUCAGCUCCAUUGUUUGUACUUCAUCUCCUCCACAAUGCUCCAAAUCCACCGAUCAGCCUGAAUCAGGAAUUAGGCGCUUGAUCUUCACUGCCAUAAUGCCGAUGGUUGCAGCCGGUUUGAUCGCAGACGAUCCCACGUUGUUGCCAAUCAGAAGACUUGUUUCCUUUGUAUGACUGUGAAUUUUAAUUCUUCUUAAACAAGUGGUCUUACUCUUUCCCACACCAUGUUUGCAUCUCUCAAGUCAGUUUGCCCACUGAGAUAUUUACAAGAAUUGCUUUAAUGGUUAUUUUAAACUAAAAUCCUUGUGAUUUUUUUUAUAUAGUUGAAACUGUGAUGAAUGAACCACUGUUGUUUUUAGUGGUGUCAGCUUUUUACAUGACAUUUUGGAAACAUUUAGCUAACUUUAGUAAAAUGAACCUAAUCAGUUAAAUGGAAUAUAACUGGCCAAACCUGGAUACUCUUUGGUGUAUUUCUGACCUCUCAGGGUUUUGUGGCUUUAUUAAAAAGUCACACACCUGUUGGUGCUUCACUUUAUACAAAACAAUGGAAAAAAAACAACUAUGCUUCAUUAUUUUUAAUGCUGCUGUAUUAUCAAAUAGCAUACGAUGUUCUCACUACAUUGCUUGCUCCUCUAAAAGACUGUAUGAGCUAAUGUGCUUAGUGCAAGGUCUGAGUCGUCCUCUGUGGUUGUGAUGGUGGUUGAAAAGACAGUGUUACUCACAACACUGCAGCCUGGCACUGCACCUUGUGGUUUACACUAGCACAAAAUGUAUUCUAACAAUAAUGAGUACUGUAAAAACAUGCCCUAAUUAUCAGUAUGUGCUGGGUUGCCUCUGUAAAAUAGUGUUUGUUCAGAAUAAAGAAAUAAAGUUUUAUUUUUCA